GUGGUUAUUUCCAGGGACUGAUGCUACGAUGACCACGGCAUCCGGUAAUAGAUGUUUCACGUGCUCUUUCACGGUGGACAAGCCGUGGAUGUUGAGGGAAUGUGUUAACAAUACUGACGUAAUGUCCAUAAGACAAUACACCCGGCCAUGUGAACGUUACUGUUUCACAGUAGAAAGAUUCAACAUACGUACCAAAGAAGUGGAUUCCGUCUUUCGAUCAUGUCGAGAGUUUCCGAAAGACGGGUGUGCUCCGGAAGACGAUUUUCUGACAUGCACCUAUUCAUGCAUGGGAAGCCUUUGCAACAACAUAUCAGUCGGUACUGGCCACGAACAUUACUGCGACAACAAUCCCUGUUCAAAGGCCAUAACGCCGAGAAGUCCAUUUUAUCCUGUAAUAUUUGUUGUGAAUUCUCUUCUUAUUGUACGUCAUUAUUUUUAGGUAUGGAUUAAAUGGACUGCUCUCUCACAUAUUCGCAAUGCAUAAAAGUUUAUAUAUACAAUAUUUAUUUAGUUAAAUUUCAUGUAAUUCACUUUUUAAGAAUUGUUAUCUUGUAUCUUGAUGUUGAUUGAUGAUUAAAUUUACGACAUUUUCUAAUCUGUACAAGUUUUACGAAAUUCGGUUCUUAUAGCGUCGUUUAUUUUUGGGAACAUUUUUAAAAGACACUGUUUCGAUGGAAUUUAUUGUACCGCACUUUGUCGGUGUCCGAGACGUCAGGUUUGCUGUUAAUCAGAUCCACGUAAAACACGGAAACCCACGUCCUCUCAACCGGGCGUGUUCCUUUAACCUUAUCUAUAGAGGGAUAGUCUAAGCGUGGUUACCAAAACAUCUGCUGAAAGUUUAUACCCGUAAAGGAAUGCGAAAUGUUCAUACACUGCACAGCAAUGGAGAUGGAAAACAAGUUAACGUUGUUCAUUUUUGCAUUCACCCUUACAGCAUUUGUACAAGGUGUCCCUGGUCCCGGUGCCUUUAAGAACUUUACCUGUCUGUCGUGUUCAGGUGCUAAUGAGUUCAAAUCUGUACGAGAUAUACAGUGCCUAAAUGACACACAAUCCAUUACGUCGCUCCUACAUUGUAACAGCAGCUGGCCAUGUUCAUAUAGUGAACAGAUUAAUAAAAAGACCGGAAGAGUGAUAUCCGUCCUUCGCCGCUGCCUGCCUUACCAUUACAUUGGAAACGAGUGUACAUAUUCUAAUCCAAACCUUGACUGUAUUAAGUUCUGUUUCUCAGAGAAUUGCAAUAACGAAACAAACAUAUGGACUUCUGGUAAUGAAAAUGGAGACGGUGAAUCUAGUGGAGGCGAAAGCGUCACUGUGUGUCCCUUGCUGUAUGUGGGUCUGGCCAUGGCUGGAUAUGUAUAUUUCAUUCUUUAACUAUUCCACAAAAGAAUAUUGCACUCAGUCAUGACGAGUGAUCGAUCUAAACUCCUCUGUGCAGUAUUGUCUUUGACCUUUGACUUUACGCUACGUCCGCAGUGCAGCCUGUCUUCUGCAGUUUUUCGCUAAUGUCUUGCAGCUUGAUUAUGUAUUUUUCCAGUUUCUUAUAUUGUUCUUCAUUCAAUAUAUUCUUUAUGGCCAUCUUCAAAUAAAAUUCAACAAAACAUU